GUUUUAUCGCAGCAGCCGCAGGCGUGUUCAUUUCACGCGCGUAUUUAGGUGGUCGGGCACAGUGGUGCGCACGGCGGAGUCACGCGUGUUCUGUUUGCUGAUGCUGCUCGAGCGUGGUUGAGGUAGUGAAGCGAGUUGUUCGCGGACAGGAUGUCGACAGAAAUGUUGCAACGGAAGGACGACGACGCCAAGGCGUCGUCUAACACCGUCGAUUAUCAUGCUGCCGAGGAGCAGCCCAGGCUUCACGCCGGGACCGACAGUUUUCCGAGCAUCAACGAGAGACCGGUUGACGACAUUUCCCUCGAGUUCUUCUACAAACCACACAGCAUUACCCUGCUGCUCAUCUCCAUCGGCGCCGUCAUAUACUCGGUGUUCACCAGCUGAACUUUGUGCAACAUGGAUUCAGUCACUGCUUAUAAAUCGAAAUACCACUAAUAUAGAAGACAACUUGUGGGCUGGCAUGCUGUGCAUUAUUUUCUUCUUCCUCAUCAUAUCUGUCUUGACAUUCCCCAACGGCCCAUUUACCAGGCCACAUCCUGUUGUGUGGCGAAUAGUGUUUGGCUGCAGCGUGCUCUACCUGAUGUUUCUGCUGUUCCUACUGUUUCAAAACUAUGAGACAGUCAGGAAGAUUCUGGUGUGGGUGGACCCAGGUCUAGCUUCUUUCCAUAUCGACAUGGACAAGGAGUAUGGUGUCAACUGUUCGGAUAUCACGCCAGAAAGGGUCUGGAAUCACUUGGAUGUGUUCGCGGUGGCUCACUUCCUUGGCUGGGCCUUCAAAGCCAUUCUGAUUCGUCAUUACGGUAUCCUCUGGGCCAUCAGUGUCAUGUGGGAGGUGACGGAAAUCGCCUUUGCUCAUUUAUUGCCAAAUUUUGUUGAGUGCUGGUGGGACGCGUUGUUUCUAGAUGUUCUAGUGUGCAAUGGAUUGGGUAUCGGUGUCGGUAUGAAGAUCUGCUCCAUACUGGAGAUGAGAGAGUACAAGUGGGUCAGUAUUCGUGAUAUCGAAAGCACCACUGGAAAGCUGAAGAGAGCAAUGCUGCAAUUUACUCCUGGCAGUUGGACAUCCGUCAGAUGGCUUGAUCCAACUUGCACGCAUAUGCGAUUGGUCGCUUUGUGCCAAUUAGUGAUAUUCUGGCAGGUCUCCGAACUGAAUACCUUUUUCUUGAAGCAUGUUUACGAAUUUCCGCCAUCGCAUCCGUUUGUAGUGGGCAGAUUAGUAUUGAUCGGCGUUAUAGUCGCGCCGUCUGUUAGGCAGUAUUAUAUGUACGUAACCGACUCGACAUGUAGCCGAGUAGGAACGCAGUGUUGGGUCUAUGGGGCAAUCAUGGUAACAGAGGCUCUGCUAUGUAUACGCCAUGGUGCGGCCUUGUUUGAACGCACUCAAGCUCUCAAUAUCCUCGUCUGGCUGCUUUGCCAGUCUCUAGUCUCCGUUCUUUGCGUCUACGGUUGCGUUUUAUGGCAUCAAUACUUCGAGACGGGAAAGAAACCUACUCUAAAACAGUCUGUCUCCCAUCUGAGCAAAUUUGACACGGAUGUAAGCGGGAAUAUGGAUCGUCGUACGAAAUCCAUGGAAGAAUUGGAUAAAAAGAAACUAUGAGAGGAAAAGUGAGAAGAACCGCUUGAUGGUGAACUGUAGACACUAAUUGUGCUUUCUAGUCGAAUAGGACAAUCGCGCGUAGAGUACAAUGAAUGAUGAUGACGCGUGCGUGCGAUUGUUUAUUACGUGGUGUGAAUGAGCUCUAAAGCUGUAUUACUUUUGUUCCUUAAAAUAAGUGACUGGAGAAUGUUGUCACUUAAAGUGAUUUGCGGACGCUCUCCAAUUUAGCGUUCAGUUAAGUUCGAUGUGACCUUCAUGUAAAAAGAAAAUUGUUUAUUGAUUCAUA